GUAGUUUCAGUCGCGGAAAGAAAGAAGAGUGAGAAAGACAGAUGACGUGGUGCGCCGCCGCGAGGAGUUUCUAUAUACCUGCAAUCGAUGUAGGCGCUCUGCGUAUUCGGGCGCCAUUAGCCGUCGGAGUCGGCUGCUUGUCCUUGGCCGGUGCUAACCUCCGUCGUGCAGCUCGAUCACCGGCCUUCGCUUCUGUGAGCAUCUCCACUGAUGCUUCUGCAGAUAUAAAGGAAGCUGUACAGACAGACAAGGCGCCUGCAGCAUUGGGACCGUAUUCUCAAGCUAUUAAAGCAAACAAUAUGCUUUUUGUCUCUGGGGUUCUUGGGCUUAUUCCAGAGACUGGGAAGUUUGUUUCAGAUAGUGUAGAGGAUCAAACGGAGCAGGUACUUAAGAAUAUGGGUGAGAUACUUAAAGCAAGUGGUGCCGGCUAUUCCUCAGUUGUCAAGACGACAAUCAUGUUGGCUGACCUGAAAGACUUCAAAAAAGUCAAUGAGAUCUAUGCUAAAUAUUUUCCAGCACCUGCACCGGCUCGUUCCACAUACCAGGUAGCAGCACUGCCAAUGGACGCAAGGAUUGAAAUUGAGUGCAUAGCCGCACUGCCACAAUAGCACCUCUCUGUGUUUGACCAAAAUCAUCGACUGGAAUUGGGGUCUAUAUUCAACUAUUCGAGUUACUCUCUGUUUAUUCUGGAAAUGUAUUUCCGAAAUCUAAUCCACUUCCCCCGGGCCUGUUACGUGAAACUAUUUUUCAUCUCUAGUACCAAAUCCUGAUGAGUAGAAAUUGCUGUGUACUCUUUUAGAUGGUCCAUCUGCAUCUUGCAGAUCAUGAGCUAAUAAACAAAACUCAUCUGCUGUACCUAGAAACUGUAUGUCCGAAUAACUGCAAUGUGUCUCAGGCACUAAAUGAAUUUCAAUCUAGAGGUUCAGGGCUUGUGAAUAA